AUGGCCAACGUCAGCACUGACUGUUUUCUCGAUCUGGUGAAUCACACCUCACCGAACAGGCAACUUUGGCAGGUCGGGAGCUCCCAGGACGUUUCCAACCGACAGUCAGAGCAAUCUCUGGCUAUGCUGGAUAUUUCUGGUCCUCUACCAGAACUCCACACCGAUCCAGCCUUUGAAAAUUCCUUGUCCACCUUUUCGACCCAUCAGCCAGUCUCUAGCGAAGACAAUAACCCUCUCCAGAGCUCUGACCCGUCUCCCUCUGGCAUCUUUGUCUCUAGUUCAGACAUGAACAGGGCCAGAAACCACUGCUGCGACUCAAGAAGGGCCUCAAUCCCCAAUUGGAUUGCCGCGUGGUGUCCAUGUGGCAAGCCCUCCCACACAACGGCGUCUGUGGCUGAAGCACACGCGUUGUCUGUUCCUCCCCUUGCAACUAUCGAGCUCCUGCUUGGCUACUACUUUAGCUACAGCUACUGGGCGUCCCCAAUUGCAAGCGAAUGGGAGAUUUGGGCCCUCCUUCAUCCCCAAGAAGUAACAUGGGCAGAGGAACAACGCCCAAUGAGCUUGGCAUAUCUCAAUGCUCUCCUUUUCGCUGGUAGUGCACAUGCCACGGAGGAGGAAUCCAAAGUCGCAUCCUUUGCCAGUGUUCGCAAGAUGCGGGAUACCUUUUACCAGCGUGCCAAAUUGAGCGACAAUUUUUCGCAUCAAUGUACAUCUCCCACUGACAUCGUGUCACGCAUUUAG